AUGUUCACACUUGCGAUCCGCGCAGGCCCCGGCCGUCUUGCGACCAAGGCGCCGCAACUUGCGCGCGCAUUCCACCAAUCCGCCGCCAAGAACAGUUUCUUCACUGCGAGGACAGCCGCCCUUGCCCAGCGCCCGACGGCCAAAACCUCGUCCAACAUCCUCGCCCGCCUUCGCGGCCCCGCACGCGGGUACCAAACACAAUAUGAGAUCUACGUCGACCCAGCGACCCGGCGCCAGCAGCUUUACCGAAAGCUGCUGGUCGGCGGUGCCAUUUUUGGCGGCACUCUCGUCACUGUCAACCUGAUGUUCAACCGCGAAACCCGCGAAGAUGGCGGGAUGCCGGCGUUUGAGCGGUCCUACCUCAACCGGACCUUCACGCACACCGGCCUGGGUAUUGGCAUCAUUGGCCUGAGUGCCUACCAGAUGAUCCAAAGCGGUUUUGUUUACCGCUUGAUGGUGACCAACCCAUGGGUGGUCGGCAUCGGUGGCAUCGCUUUGAGCAUCGGCAGCAUGAUGUUGACGCGGGCGAUCGACCCUGAGAACUACGUUCCCAAGUAUGCCUCGUGGGCCGUCUUCAACGCCACCCAAGCCGCCCUCGUUGCCCCGCUGAUGACCAUGGCACCGCCCGCCCUUCUUGCCCGCGCGGGCCUCUACACCCUCGCGAUGAUGGGCAGCAUCUCGUUCGUCGGCGCAACUGCCAAGCAAGACAAAUACCUGUACAUUGGCGGGCCCCUCCUUGCCGGUGCGGCCAUCGUCGCGGUCUCGGGCUUUGCACCGCUGGUGCUCCCCGCUACGGCUGUGCGGACCCUCGCGGUGACCGAGAGCCUGUGGCUCUACGGUGGUCUGGCCGUGUUUGGCGGCUUCACGUUGUACGAUGUGCAGAAGGUGUUGCAUCACGCGCGUGCGGCGGAGCGGGGCAUCAUCAAGGAGGACCCCGUCAAUGAGAGUAUCAGCUUGGAGCUCGACUUCCUCAACAUUUUCGUGCGCAUGGUGCAGAUUCUCAUGAUGCAGCAGAACCGGAGGAGGUAA